UCUUUGGUCGGACAUCUCUGGUUAAUAAAAAAAAAGUUAAUAAAUAAAUGGAAUAAUUUAAAAAGAUUGUAUUGCUGAUGGAAAAAAAACUUUUCAAAACGGGGUAACCAAGAACGCGGGUAGACUAAUUAACGGAACGGCGGAAAGUGUAGGACGAGUUCACCAUCGGGUAGAUACUUUGGAUCUGACACCUUUGGUUUAAAAUAUGCAAAUAAAUACAUACAUUAGCGUUUUUUGUUUUUGUUUGUUUUUGGUUUUUUUAAAUUUCAUGUAUUUUUAAACCACGACAGACAGGAACAUGUAGUAAACUCUAGAAACUAGUUUGUAGACAAUAAACUAAUUGUGUUAUGCAUAAAACGGGGAAGUUUAAUAAGGCAGUGAUCCCCUCUACAUUUCUUUUUUAAAAAUCUCUUAUCUGAAAUUCUUAUUUGGGACAGUAAUUAAAACUAUAAUGUAAUUUGACUUAAGGAUGACAUUUACUCAGAAUAUAAAACAAUUCCACUGAUGAUAAUGAAAAACCAACUAUUUUGGGUUAUAGACCUUACAUGGUAGUGUUAUUCUUCACUUUCAAAAAAGUGAAUAAUAUUGACAUUACAUUUAGCAUUACCCCAAGCCUGGUUUUACCUUUCUAUAAUUGUUGUUAUUGAGGAGGGCAAUUUGUGUUUAUUUUUGUUCUUGAGGAUAAAAAAAUGAAUUAUAAUGAGUUUCUUUAUUAAAUUUGUAGCUACAGAACUUAACUUACUUAAACUCGUAUAAUUUGGUCGGAAGAACAGUUGAUGUUUUGGCAGUUUAUAUAAAGCGUUUACUGUUCAUUCAGUUUACUCUUGUGAACUCGAGGCCAUUGAAUUUAUUUCGAUAAUAUUCAUUUUGAAUAUCAAACUAUAAAACUUACAUUUAAAUUCAAUUGAAUUACAAUGUUCAGUCACAAAAAUAAACAAUAAGACUUACCACAACAAUCUGUUCUUGCAAAUACUUCAAUUUCAUUUAUUUCAAACCUGGCUACAAGAUCAAUUCUCAACCAUGGAGAUCUCUCUGCUGCGGUAGCAGUAAGAUCAGAAAAUAGGCCAUUGACGACUUUGGAACCUACAUAACGCGAAUCGUGGCCGUAAAGGGAACUCAGGGUGACUGGUUUCGAGUAUGCCACGUUUGUGAGCUCGUAAUGGCAUGUAAUAAUAUCAACAUGACAAAUAUAAACAAGAGCAGGCACCAGCAACAACGAGAACAUAUCUAAUGCUUUCUUUAGUGAUAUAUGUAUAGGCAUGGUAUUUUAGCUUUUAUAAUGUUCCUACCCAUCAUGCUGCUGAAACACACAUGACACAUUGAUCCCUUAUCCUUGUCACAGAUGUUGUUUUUGACAAUGUUUAAUGAUUCUAAACAUUGUUGAAGAUAAUUGGGGAUCCCAUUUUUUUAAAAAUAUUAUUUUGACAGUCCAAUAUAUCAAUGAACCGGACGUCGUUUUACAAAAAUUUAUACGAAUUAUAAAAGAAUUUACAAGGUAUAGAUACAAUGUGCCAUACCGUUAUAAAGGACCGAUAUCCGGACUUUUGUUAUAUUUUUAAUGUGUACACACAUCAGCACCUGUGCGGAAGUGGGAUGAUCAAGGAUCGUUCAGGGGAAAAAAAUUGUACAAAACUAGAAUAAAACGCAAUUCAUCAAUCAACAAAGACAAUGCACUUAUUCUUAAGGCAAUGGUAAGGUGUUCCACAGCUGAAAUAUGUAUGGAAAACGGGAUUGUUUAAAUUAAUAAAUUUUCUAUGACCGGGUUAAUUUUUUAAUCUUUAUCACAUGAAUGACAUUAACAUCCAACACCAUUUUUCAUGCAUUUUUGAAAUGUUAUAUGAACUUAAAUUUUUAAAUCAAAUUACGAACGUUUCCUAACAUUGCAAGUGAUGUAAUAUAAUCGUAUCAUUGCCUGUGAUAAAUAACAUUCAGUUAUAAAUAUUUUUGUAAAAUAAUCUUUGAUAUGGUAUACAUGAGUUUUUGUUGAGGCUAUAAAUAAGUAUUUCAUUUAUCUACGAUAAAGCAUACACAAUUUGCCUAAUCUUUAAUAAAAGAACAUCUUCACUAAUAAUAUAGAUUGGGGGUAUAUCCAUAAGUUUCCCAAGCAUGCAUAUCCAUAACUCUUGUAGUAGUUGUUGUUAGUUGUUGGGAGAUGGAGUUAGGAAGACACUUCCGCCGCUCAUAAAUUAAGAGAGAGAGAGAGAGAGAGAGAGAGAGAGAGAGAGGGAGAGAGAUCUAUUCCUAAAGCAGUGCCUCAAAAACUGUCUGUCGUUGGUCGUUCAUUUAAAUGUGACUAGGGUUUGACGGUGAACCCCAAAUAAGUGCGAUUUCGAGACUCGUAGGUUCAUAACUCAAAAUUGUGGCAGUGACGAUGGUUUUAAGAUAGAAAAAGAAAUUCAUCUAGCAUAAAUUAUAUUUAAAAUCUAAAAGUACAAGUAUCGUAGUGGACAAUGCAUCUUGGUUUAAUUUCAUAUCUUUGAUAGUUUGGAAAGUGCAACAACUUAAAACAACGGGGUUACUUUUUGUCAUAAAUUUAAACGUAGGGCCUUUAUCUUAAUCAUCAGCUAAAGCAGAUUGGCAUUCAUUGGAAAUAAUACUACAUCAUUUUUUCUUCAUUACAAAUGAGAUAUCGGCAAACGACAACAAUGGUUAGCUCAUUCAAAAAAGAUCUAAAUUGAUCUUAUAUCUACAGCAUUUAUUAGAUAUUUAUUCGAAACGGUAUGCGGAGAGCGUCGUAUAGUCGCCAAACGUCCCACGCUAACGUUUUAUCCGGAAUAACAGAUUCAGAAGUUUUGUUCACAAAAGAAAAAAAAUGUUGAUAGUUUCGAAGUAAACAUUUUUUAAUCAGUGACAUUUCUCGAUUUUUGAUGAAUGGUUCUCCCACAUGGCUGUUCAUGAAAAUCAUGACCCUUUUCCGAAAUUUGUUGUUCCUCGUUUGGCAUGAAAAUCUUCCAUUGUUGUUGCUACCUAUAUUUAUUAAUAAAUACAUUUUUGAAAUCGCAAACUUAUUUAUUCCUUUUGAUUAUCCUCUAAUCCACGUGUUCGACAUUUAAAAUUGAUUAAGGGUAGAACUUAUCUUAAAUUCACCAUACGUGAUUUUAAAAUAAAAUGAUUUUUUUAAAGAAAAACGUCAACUUUCUAACCAAAAUUUCACGAAAACUGCAGCUUGUCUGGAACAUGCUAUUUUGAAAUUUAAAAAUGUUUAUGUAACUGAAUCAUAAUGUAUAAUUCGCAUGUUAUUCUAAGGUACACUUAUAUAUUUUUUAAAAAAUUAAGAAAUUGAUACUUCUCCGUGACUUCACGCAUUUUUAAAUAUUAGCAGAUGGAUUUACUAAGAUUCUAUAAAAAGUUGUUUAUACACACAUGCUCACCUAUGACGAAAUUAAGAUAUCAUGUAGCCUGUGGGGCCAUUAGUGGAAAAUGAAUAAAUCUCAAAUAUAACCCUGUUAUUAAUAAUAUCAUCAAUUUAAACAUAGACAAUGCGUUCAUUUUUGUUUGUAUCGACUAUCAUUUACGUUGUCCAUGUAAGUGUUAUUCUCAGCCAUGACCCACUCAGAAACGUAGCAUACUCUAAGACAGUUGUCUUAAGUUCCAGAUACCAUCCUAGUCUCUACCCAGGAUCGAAAGCUGUAAAUGGUCUGAUGUCUGACCUUGUUCACACUGCAGAUGAAAAAUCUCCUUGGCUGAGGAUAGAUCUGGGAGCAACCUACCUUAUCCAUGAAAUAGAAGUGUUUGCUAGAUCCGACUGUUGUGAGGAUCAGCUUCAUGACCUUGACGUCAAUGUUGGGGACACUAUCAACGACAUGCAUCUGUGUGGUCACUUCACAGGGCACACUAACUUAGGUGGGCGGGUCGCAGUGUGGUGUCCUCAUAACACCAGAGGGCGAUAUGUACAGAUUCAGAUUGUGGUGGGAAAUUUGAAUUCCUUGACUCCAGCAGAGGUUCUUGUUUGGGGUGUACACGUAAAAUGAACACGGAGGGGCCUAUAUUAAUUUCCCUUCCUUGCAAUUCAGAUAUGUUCUCCAUUAUGAUAAAGCAAUCAUCUACUGAUCUGUGUUUGGUUAUGUUUUUCGUUUAAGUGUUUAA